UUUUCUGUGUCCUGUCAAAUUUAUGUUAAACCCACACAGUCAGUAGUUAAUAGGUUUUUACGAAAAUUAUAUUUACACAAUUUAUAUACACGCACACACACACACAAGAAACGCGCUGAAAAGCCAAGCACAAUAGCCAAAAUUAGCAUAGGCCCAAGACGUGUGUGUAACAAUUGAAACGCUAAGCGAAAAAUUAUUGGAUGCAACAAGAUGAUCUACUUGCAAUAUUGUUGUUUCUGCAUUGAUUUGCGCAUUGGCACGUUUAUCAUUGCCAUCUCAGAUAUAAUAAUGGAUUUAGUUUUUGGAUUUUUCAUAGCUAUAUUUGGCGAAUCGGGUGAACCCGAUCUGUGCCACAAGCUGUUCCUAACAUUUAUGUGUAUACAUCUGAUCAGCGCCAUAUUACUCUUGAUUGGCGCUUUAAAGCUACGUCCGAGCUGUAUGCUGUUCUAUAUAUUAAUCACUGUGAUCAAGGUAUUAUCUAUGAUCAUUCUAAUCAUAGCGGACCUAAUACUGCAAAUCUGGGUGCCAAUUAUAGUAUUCUAUGCGAUAAUGUUUGUUCUUGGCAUAUAUUACUGGUUGGUCGUCUAUUCGUUUUACGCUGCACUCGGUGGCAGUUUGUUUAUCUGAAUUGCCCGCAACUGCCAGUAGAGUUCGUUGUGAUCAAAUUCUAAUCUGUGUGUCAACUAAUUUGCCUUGCCUUAACAAUCAUGACAAAUAUAC